AUGGAAGAGGCGGCCGCGGAAGAGCUCGGGACAGAUACCGGCAUCGUUCGAUGUCGCAUCGGAGAUUAUGUGAGAGAGCCGACGGGCAGUAAAGAGGUGCCUAUGGCAGAUGUAAUCACACGCCACGUCAAGCAAGUUGCCGAUUUUAACAAAGCCCUCGAGAAACGGCGGCUGUGGAAGAAGAGAGAAAAAGAGCUCGAAGCGAAGCACGAAGACACAUGUACGGGCACGGGGAGUCCUCAAAUCGGAAGGGCGCACUAA